CAGCAGCUGCUGCAGCUGUAGUCUAAUCAGCACAAUCGGCGUCACAAGAUCUGUGUGCGAUCGUACAGUGGUAGCAGUGCGGCGUGAUGCUGUGCUGGAUAUGCGGCUGUAUUUACAAUUGGCGACGGCUGAACAACAAUUGGCACAAUCGGCGAGGCUGCGCCGUCCGCUGCAGCCACCGGGCAAUGAUCACGAGCAGCGUCGCAAUGUGACGUUGAACUUCUUUCGCGCCGUACGUAGACCACCAGCGCGCGCGCGCGUAACACGCCACGCACGGACGGGGGCCGCGCGCGUGCACGUGGCGAGAAGAGCGCCGUUGCCGCUGAGGUUCGUUCCGUAGACGUCUCGCGGAUCGCCAAGAGGACCAUGGGGGAGAAACCCGGUACCAGGGUGUUUAAGAAAUCAAGCCCCAAUGGGAAGGUCACGGUGUAUUUGGGGAAACGGGACUUCGUCGAUCACCUGGAGCACGUGGACCCCGUCGACGGAAUCGUACUGGUGGACUCGGAGUAUUUAAAAGAGCGCAAAGUGUACGUGACGCUGACGUGCGCGUUCCGCUACGGCCGCGAGGACCUGGACGUGCUGGGCCUCACGUUCCGCAAGGACCUCUACCUGAGCACCCUGCAGGCCGUGCCGCCCGUGCCCGAGGAGGCGCGCCCGCUGACGCGCCUGCAGGAGCGCCUCGUCAAGAAGCUGGGCAAGGACGCCUACCCCUUCACCUUCGAGAUCCCGCAGAACCUGCCCUGCUCAGUCACCCUCCAACCUGGCCCAGAGGACACCGGCAAGGCAUGUGGAGUGGACUUCGAAAUAAAAGCGUUUUGCGCCGAGAACCUGGAGGAGAAAAUUCACAAGCGGAACUCGGUGCGCCUGGUGAUCCGGAAGGUGCAGUUCGCCCCGGAGAAGCCGGGCCCACAGCCCAUGGCGGAGACGACGCGCCAGUUCCUCAUGUCCGACAAGCCUCUGCACCUGGAGGCCUCGCUCGACAAGAUGAUCUAUUACCACGGCGAGCCCAUCAACGUGAACGUGCACGUCACCAACAACUCGACAAAAACGGUGAAGAAGAUCAAGAUGACCGUGCGCCAGUUUGCCGACAUCUGCCUCUUUAAUACGGCUCAGUACAAGUGCCCGGUGGCAACGGAAGAGGGAGACGACACGGUGGGACCCAGCUCGACGCUGUGCAAGGUGUACACGCUCACCCCGCUGCUCGCCAGCAACCGGGACAAGCGCGGCCUGGCGCUCGACGGGAAGCUCAAGCACGAGGACACAAACCUCGCCUCCUCUACCAUAGUCCAGGAUGGAGCCAACAAGGAGGUCCUCGGGAUUCUGGUCUCCUACCGCGUCAAGGUCAAGCUCAUCGUAUCUCGGGGCGGGGAUGUAGCAGUGGAGCUGCCGUUCACACUGAUGCACCCCAAACCCGUGGAGGAGUCUUUGCCCAGCACGCCGUGCGCCCUUCCUGAAUCAGAUGCUCCACUCGAUACCAACCUGAUAGAAUUUGACACAAACGGAGAGGGCCACGAGGAUGACAUCGUGUUCGAAGAUUUCGCGCGCCAGCGUCUCAAAGGAAUCAAGGACGAGAACGACGAAGACAGCCCGCUGUGCUAGCCUCCACGCUGCUGUGUUCCCCUCUGGUUGUAAGAGCACACGACGGGGCUGACCGGCGGGUUUCUUGAACUUCGGAAGAGGGGCCCUUGGGCCAAAGAGAGAGGGUCCUUUUUAGUGCGAAACCUUAAGCCAUCUUAAGCCACUUUUAUGGGGGGGGUUUUGGUAAGGAAGGGGGACUGAGGCCCAUUAAUGGCAAGUCCCUGGCAGAGGCUGGGUGAUUGGUGAUCGUGGGAAGCAUCGUCCACCGCUCCUCGUUGCGACAGCGCCAGAAUUCGGCUGCCGUGCUCGGACCCGCGACCCGGCGGCGUUUGCGUGGCAUCAUGGGCAUUUCCCAUCAUGCCUGAAAUUCCUAAACACAUUUCACCUCGGCGAGUAUGAAUAGUUUGUUUUUGUUUCGUUUUGUAAAAGGGUUGGAACGUGUCACCAUUUUGGGUAUGAUCUAAAUAAUAAAGUACAUAAAAGGCCAUCUGCCUCUGGGCCCUAGAUAAGGUUGCCACCUUGUCACAGAUCAACCCCCACCGCCCCCCGGCUUGGGUCUAUUCAACCUGUGCAGUAUACUGUAAUAAAAUUCAACACAACACCAGCGGAUCUCGGUAAAAUUCAAUUCCUGCCACACGCAUGCAAAUUCCUGGACUCUUGGGGAUCAAACCCGGACAGGUGGCAAGUUCUCGUUGGUCUUUGCCCACAUUCAUGAAUGAACACGCGGAAUUUAAGGAUAACGAUUUUAAACAUAUAGGGCGUUUACAUGUCUCGGCAUCCUUGAAGUCUCCUUACACCACAUCUCUUCCUAAGCAGUCUAUUUGCCCUCUGACAGUCUAGCCGAGGGGGGUCCCAGUGGCGUCUGUUCCUGCACGGCACAUGGCAGGAGGAGCGAAGUCGGGUUCUACUGCUGCAUUGUCAACACGAUGGGGUGCAUCAGUGGGGCACUGUUAACGUUGGCACGUCUCGAUCUGUAUGCGGGGUCGUGAUAACGUCGAACUAAUUGUUAUCUCCAUUGCCACCGUGAAGUUAGUGAUGGAGGUUUUUAGACUAUACACGUGCAGGCCUGCCUACAGUCUGGUCUCUUCUAUACGAUAGACAGUAGACCGGCAAAAGUGGUCUGGCAGCUUGUUUUGGACAGAACACUGACAGACCAGGCUACUUUUAGCAGCAUUACCUAAUAAACAGGUUAAGAUUACAAGGUGUAAAGUUAAUUUGACAUGUAGGUUUUCACAGCCAAUCGUAUGUCAUAGUUGAUUUUUUUGGGGUUAGGCCACGUAAUGAUCUGACCAAAUGUGCAUUGUAACAACUCCCCAUUAUCCGAUGUCAGGUGGGAUUUGACAAUGUCGGUUGGUGGAAGGUCUUGUGAUUGGUGAUUACGUGGUCUAACUCAAAAUACAAUCAUGAAUCAAGGUAUACAGUAUUGGCAUAAUUUCAGAUGAGAAGUAUAUUUAAUAUAAUUUGUGAAUAAGAUUGUGUAGUAUCUUCUAUCUACUAUUAUUAAGUAUGCCUCUGGGUCCCGUUUAAUGAUCUUCAAUAUAGGAUUUAUGUUAUGGUUAUGGUCACUUGGAAAAUGUCCUUUGCGGAAAUAUCCUUUUUGUAAUUGUGUUGUGAUUAUGUAUCGUUUAGCUUGAACCGCAAUUACGGUCCUCCUGUAAUGCACAAACACACACAUGCAGAUACCCUUGCGUACACAAGCAUCUACACAUCAGCACUUUGAUGAUCACAGCUACAAAUAGUCACUCACCAACUGUGUCGGUGUACUCGCCUAUUGCUGUGAUGUGCAGUGUAGAGUUGAACCAAAAUAAUUUCUUUCGUGGGAAAAUUAAAAUAUGUACCAGUGAAUGUGAUAACUAUAUCUCGUAAAUAUUUCUGAGAAAUGUAUUUUAACGUGUUUAAUAAAUGGUUAUGGUAAUUUUAGAUAGCGCUUGGUUCAGUUUUGUAUCAGGAUAUCAUAGUGGGGUUUUUUUCGUUUCGGAAAAUUGUCUGGACUAAUUACACGGUUGCAUAUACAGUAGCUAUGAACAUGUGUACUAACUGAGUACUGAUAAAUGAUUUCAAUUGUCAUGCAAUACAGGCUACCAUUUAGACCCUUGAACCAUAA